AUGAGGCAACUCUUCCACCAAAUCAGCUUGGCUCAAAACCUUGGCCUUAGACAACCAGGUGAAGAGAGAAGGAUGGACGGACGCACCGGCAUGCAGAUCAACGGGUACCUAGCAGGUCCAGCAGGAGUGGGCAGACAAGGUGAAGAACAACAACUUGAUCGGCCUGCCGACAUGUCACAAGCAUCUGCGAGCCCCACUCAGAGCAGAUUGAGUUUGAGGAACAACAUGCGCAAGAUGCUAGGCCCACGACUUGACAUCCACGCCCAUUUGGGCUUGCAGGGAAAUGUACUUCAAAGGCUAGGCUCCCAGGGAGGUCAGCAAGACAACCAUCGCAACGAGGAUCGUGAAGAAAUACGCUCAGCUGUCCACUCACAGAGGAGCAUUCACGAGAGGCUAGGUCCCCAGGAUGGUCAACCGGAUAAUCCUCACAAUGAGGACCACGAGGAAAGGCGCUCCGUUGCUCACUCUCGAAGAGACGGUUCUCGUCGACAAGCUACGGAGAAUCUCUCGCAAGCGUAG